ACGCAUCAUCGAAGAAAAUAAAAAAAGAAAACGGCAAAUAAUAUUCUUCUUCAUUCUCUCAUCAUUCUUAGAUCUCUCAUCGUCUACAUUCACCGUCGACUUUCACAUCGUGCCGCCGUAUUCGGAAGCUUCCGCCACCGUCUCAAUUCACAGAUUAGUUUCACUUUUUGGAAGAGAUAUAGGAAUCGCCAUGGAAUCUGCAGCUAGAAGAAGGGGUGGAGGCGCUUUGGAAGGCCUUUAUAAGGUCAUCAUGCGCCGCAACUCUGUCUAUGUUACCUUCGUCAUCGCCGGCGCCUUCCUCGGAGAACGGGCUGUCGAUUAUGGUGUUCACAAGCUCUGGGAGUACAAUAAUGUCGGGAAACGAUAUGAAGACAUUUCUGUGCUAGGGCAAAGGCCAACAGAAGAGUGAAUUGUCGGACCAUCUUGUCAGCUAUUUUGAAGUUCUAUUGUAUUCAUGGAAAAUUUAAGUGAACGUUGUGAUCUGGAAGACACUCCAUUUUUGCAAUAAGUGUAUGUUUGUCUCUGUCGGACAAGUGUAUGUUUGUCUCUGUCGGACAAAGUAAUGCAUGGUUUCAUUUACUGGCCUUGGAAAUAUGAAAUCUUGACAUAUUACAAA